GAUUUUUGUUUUUGGUGAAAUUAAUGAGGUCUCUUUCUUAACCAAUGUUUUUAGUAACACUUUGAUUUUGAUUGGACACGUGUUGUGUAGUAUAUGCAAGUUGUCUUGUGCUUUUUGGCCUUAUUGUAGUUUCCAAACGAAACAUUGUCAACAAUAUUUGUUGAUAUUUUGCAAUAUUAUUUUAUGAUGAUGAUAGUAAUUUCACUCUUCACUUAGCUGAAACCAGUUCAGUUCAGUUCAGUUCAACUCAACUAUGCCAAUUUUGGGUUUUUCUUCUCAUUUUCUUUUUCAUCUUCCAAAACCCAUUUCACUUCCUCCUCUUACUUGUUACAGGAAUAAAGGAGAUGUCAAUAGUUUCCAUGAACAGAGGUUAGAGGAUAAUAAAAAUGAUGACAUGUCAAAGUCAUUAUCUCAUGAUGACAAGAAUGUGAAACAUGAUAAUAUUUGGCAAUUGUUCAAAGAAGCUCAGCAGAACAUACUAUACUUAAACAAUCAACGCCUUAGUGCCAUCGAGGAACUCAACAAAACAAAGAAAGAAAAACAGUCCCUACUCGAUAAGAUAAAGAAAUUGGAAGCAGAAAAAGAUGAGACUGCUGAUAAUCUAUCAAUUUGUUCCGAAUUGCUGCUUCGAAUAGACUCGAUGGUCCUUGGCAGCGUGAUUAACCCUGCAGAGGCAUCUAACUUUAGAAGUUUGGUGUUAAGCCACAAACUGAGUGUGGCUGAUAUCUUUAAUGUCAUCUCACAUAAAAGAGAUUCUGAUCUUCUCCGAGAACUUCGUCACUUUUCAGAUCAAAGCAAAAAGAAUGGUUUUCAUGUUAUUCACAUUUGCACAGAAAUGACACCAUUGGUCUCUAGAGGAUCUGUAGCAUCAUAUGUAACCGGCAUAUCUCGCGCACUUCAAAGAAAAGGCCACCUUGCGGAGGUUAUAUUGCCCAAGUAUACAUGUUUAAACCUAGAUGAAGUGCAAGGGUUGCGUGAAGUUAAUGUGGAGGCUUACUCGUAUUUUAACGGUCAAUUACAUGGAAACAAAAUUUGGACCGGUGUUGUUUAUGGCAUUGGAAUCACUUUGAUCGAGCCAUUGGACUAUUCAUCCUUUUUCAGCCGUGAGAUGAUAUAUGGUUACCCGGAUGAUUUUGAAAGGUUCUCUUACUUUUGUCGCGCCUCACUGGAUUAUAUAGUAAAAUGUGGGAAGCAGCCUGACAUACUGCAUUUACAUAACUGGGAAACUGCCAUUGUUGGGCCCCUUUUCUGGGAUAUAUUUGUUAACAAGGGACUUGGAGGAACCAGAAUAUUACUGACAUGCCAUGACUUCAAUUCACAGGGUAUUGAGAAACCAAAUAAAUUGGCCUUAUGUGGACUUGAUCCUUCGAGUCUUCAUCGCCCUGACCGUCUCCAAGACAACACUAACACACAAUUUAUCAAUAUUUUAAAGGGUGGAGUUGUCUAUUCAAACAGGGUUGUCAUAAUGUCAUCUAUCCAUCCAAAGCACUCAAUUGUUCGUAAUUUGAGUCAUGAACUGAAACCUACUUUAAAUGAUCAUGAGGACAAGUUGACCUUAGCUCCUUAUGGAUUUGAGAAAACAACAUGGGAUCCUUCGACGGACUAUUUUCUUCCAGAAAAUUUUAAUGCUGAAAAUAUAAAUGGAAAAGCUGUUUGCAAAGUUGCAUUGCUGCAGCGGCUAGGGUUAUCUGGACAUUCUUCUAUUAUUCUUGUUGGAUGCAAUUUUCCAGAAGGAGCUGAUAUUGAUGAGAAAAAGAUGAAGGAUAUCGUUUUGAAUACUAAGCAGCAUGUCCAGUUUAUAUUUAUGGAGACCAGUGAAAGACCAACCUUGAAUCAGGCACUAGAAUCACUUCAGAAGGAACUCAAGGAUGAUGAUAAUAUUAAAUUUGUGCGUGCAUAUGAUGAAGCUCUAUUGCAUCUAUUAUUCGCAGGAUCUGACAUUAUACUGUGUCAAUCAUUUCUUGAUCCUACAGAUGAAACCCCUCUCAAAGCUUUAAGGUAUGGAGCAGCUCCAAUAGCAAUUGGCCCCGAGGCUCACACAAACAGGGUGAUAUCUUUUGAUAGGAACUUCAUACACCAUGACCAAGAGGCCACUAAGUACUCAAAGUUAAUCAACAAUACCUUUGGAAACAUGUCACUUGACCUUGCCAUUGAUGAAAUUAGGAGUAAUCCAUCAAAGUGGAAGAGAAGAAUAAUGGACGCAAUGGCACAUGAUUUAUCAUGGGAUGGUGAAUGCUAUGAAGUUCAUGUGGCAGCUUACUCAGCUAUAAAGAAUAUGUGAAGUGGUUGUCGUAAGUCAUUACCUAGCUCCGGUUGAGGCUCCAAUAUAGGGGUGUAAAGUAUACUUCCCAGCAAGAUUGGGAGAGCAUAUUAAGAAGUCCUAAUUAGCACUAAGAAACAACUCACAAGUGCAACCAGUGCUUGAAUUUGUUUGUGGCGAGUGAGUGAAUUUGUCUGUGGCGAAUGACUCUUGUUAGCAUAUUAGUUAUUCAUUCUUCAAAAGGGUUAUCCUUUUGAAAGAAAUCUCUCCAGAUUCUAGCGACUCUACAACUAUCAGCUCUACCACUGUCGGCCCUAAACCUUUUGGCUUUACAUUUACACAAUCACCUCUACUCUACACCAACCAGUCAACUCAUUAUGGUGAGUCAACACCAUCUUUUACGGUCUCUAUAACUUCUGUUGUUACUUGUGGUGUUUCUGGUCUAUAUGUUUUUGCUACUUAUGUACCACUUAUCUCUACAACAACUAUUGUAAAACAUGUCCAACACACCUUCUCCUCAACCUCAACAAUAACAAUGUAAAACAUGUCCAACACACCUUCUCCCCAUCAAACAAAUAGUGUAUAAACAAAGCCUAUUUUUUUCAGAUAUUUUUAGAAAAAAAAUAAAUAUGUUAGGGUGUUUUAGAGUGUAUCUGCACCUAAGUAGCUGAA